GCUCUUUGUGCGGGGCAUCGCAACCUCGAGGCAGCUCGGGCGCGCGCUUGAAACUUCCCUGUCGUGUUUCGGGAACGUGAGUUGGGGAACAAAAGAAAAGAAGAAAGACAGCCCGCAUCCGGAGCUGCAUCUAAAAAAAAUAGUGACCGUUCACCCCCGGCCAGUACACAGUGCAGUCCGCGAGUAUGGCGGAUCUUGCUAGCCGUAUCACGAAGCCAGAGGGAGCUGCGGAGGCCGCGCCGGUGCCGGCUGUCGCAGAGCCUGCGGCCGAGUCUUCAGCUAUUCCCCAGACCGAUGGCGCCCACGAUGGAGGAGAGAGCAACCUUCUUGAAUCCAGCUACGAUGUUGAAGUCCAGCUGGGCGACCCCGACACCGACACUCCGCUGUCGUCCAUCAGCAGCUUCAGCGACCUUGGACUUCCCGAGCCCAUAAUCAACGGCCUGCUAGCCAUGAACUUUAGGAAGCCGUCCAAGAUCCAGGCGCGCGCUCUGCCGCUGAUGCUGAGCAGCCCUCCGCGCAAUAUGAUUGCGCAGUCGCAGUCGGGCACCGGCAAGACGGGCGCCUUCGUUGUCACCAUCCUAUCCCGCGUCGAUUACGAUAAGCCCAUGCAGCCUCAGGCCCUGUGCUUGGCCCCGAGUCGUGAGCUCGCCCGCCAGAUCAAGAGCGUCAUCCAGUCCAUCGGCCAGUUCUGCGACAACCUCAACGUCGAGGCCGCGAUUCCCGGCGCUAUAUCGAGAGAGACAGGCGUCAAGGCGAACGUCGUGGUCGGGACGCCUGGCACAGUGAUGGACCUCAUCCGCCGCCGCCAGUUUGAUGUAUCUCAGCUCAAGCUCCUUGUGGUGGACGAGGCCGACAACAUGCUCGACCAACAGGGCAUGGGAGAGCAAUGCAUCAGGGUGAAGAACAUGCUUCCCAAGUCCAUUCAGAUUCUACUAUUCUCGGCCACCUUCCCGGACCGUGUCAAGAGCUACGCCGAGAAGUUUGCGCCCGAAGCCAAUCAGAUGAGGCUGAAGCAGGAGAACUUAACAGUCAAAGGCAUCUCUCAGAUGUACGUCGACUGUCCCUCGAACAGCGACAAGUACGGCAUCCUUUGCCAGCUGUAUGGCCUGAUGUCGAUCGGCUCGUCGGUCAUUUUCGUCAAGACUCGUGAGAGCGCGAGUGGUAUCCAGAAGCGGAUGGAGGCAGAUGGCCACAAGGUCUCUGUGCUACACGGUGCCUUCGAGGGCGCGAGCCGAGAUGACAUUCUGGACGAGUUCCGCUCAGGCCGGUCCAAGGUGCUCAUUACCACCAACGUACUUGCUCGUGGCAUCGACGUGGCGAGCGUCUCCCUUGUGGUCAACUACGACGUCCCGAUGAAGGGACCUGGUGAUGGGGCGCCCGACGCCGAGACGUACCUGCACCGUAUCGGCCGAACGGGCCGUUUCGGCCGCGUGGGAGUCAGCAUCACCUUCGUGCACGACCGCAAGAGCUUCAGCGCUCUCUCUCAGAUUGCCGAGUACUAUGGAAUCGACCUGAUCCAGCUGUCGACGGACGACUGGGACGAGGCGGAGAAGCAGGUUCAACAGGUCAUCAAGUCGACCCGUGCCAAGUCGGACUACACGCCCGCCGAACAGGGGGCGUCGUGAUUUAUUCCAGGGGUUGUCACAUCUUGCCCGUCUCGGAGCCGGCGGCAGGCAGGCCCCUGAUGGCGGCUACGGCUGUGUACAUGGCAGACAAAGUCUGACUCCGGUGGGUAUGAUGAUGGCGUACCGACAUUUGGUCGAUAGCUGGCGCGAUUUUUUGGGAGGAUCUUUUUUUUUUCUUUUUUUUUUGGGUGCAUCGGAGUGGGCGCAGUAUCAACAACCCGAACGCCACGAUACCAUGGGUGCGUUCAGACUUAUAUUACCAUACAGCAGCAAUCCCUCUAAGUACUUGCAAACUAGUGGUUCCAGUCAAGCUACCGGAUGGUUGAUCCGAUGUGAAUGAUG